CUCCACCGCCUACAGCCAUAAUAUCUCGCCAUCCCUUGGCGCCCGCUGGGACCUGCAUAAGGGUAUUCCCGACGUUCUUGCGAAGCUCCCUAUAGGUCCCAAAGAGAUCAGGGAAUCAGGCAAACAGGCAAGCGCAAUAUCAGGGCUUCAGCCCAACGAAGAGAGAGCCGCCACAUUCCAAAUCUAGCCGUACCACGCAGAGAGCACCAUGGAGAACCGCCUCAACGUCCAAAGGAAGGAUGUCGGUAAGCUCCCUGAACCGGCGCCGGGCACUGCUGCGAAAGGCAAACCGAGAUUGUUGUUGAUGGGCCAGCGAAGAAGCGGAAAAUCAUCAAUCUCGAGUGUGGUCUUCCAUAAGAUGCCACCGAAUGAAACGUUGUUUCUUGAAUCGACAGCGCGAAUCCAAAAGGAUUCGAUGCACUCCUUCAUGGAUUUCCAAGUUUGGGAUUUCCCUGGCCAGCUCGACUUCCUGGACCCGUCAUUUGACCUUGAUGCCAUCUUCGGUGAAAUUGGCGCCUUGAUCUGGGUCAUCGAUGCUCAAGAUGAAUACCUUGAGGCUAUCAACCGACUCAACGGCACCAUUUUAAACCUCCAACCCACCUAUCCUAACAUCAACAUCGAGGUUUUCAUCCACAAGGUUGAUGGUCUCUCCGAUGACUAUAAGCUAGACAUCCAACGAGAUAUUAUGCAGCGCAUUCAAGACGAGCUUUCCGAUCACGGCGUCGAAAACGCCCCAGUCAACUUCCAUCUAACAUCUAUCUACGACCACUCCAUUUUUGAAGCCUUCAGCAAGGUCAUCCAAAAGUUGAUCCCACAUCUCCCCACCCUCGAAGCUCUCCUCAACGACCUUUGCCGAAGCUGCCGUUUCGAAAAGGCAUAUCUCUUCGACGUUCUCUCCAAGAUCUACAUCGCCACCGAUCCCUCCCCUGUCGACAUGCCAUCCUACGAAAUAUGCAGCGAUUACAUCGAUGUGAUCGUAGAUAUAUCGGAGAUCUAUGGCUGGGACCGAUCUCCUGAAUAUAUUGCAACACUUGAAGGGGAGCCGUGGAACAAAAAGUUGGAGGACCAGGUAGCUUGCAAGGAUGCAGAGAGCGCAAUUGUCUUGACGGAUAUGAAGAGACCAAUUAUGCUGAGAGAGGUUAACAAAUAUCUGGCGCUGGUGGCUAUUAUGCGGGAGGGUAGCUUUGAGAAGAUGCCCUUGGUUACGAUGAAUGUUGAUACGACGGUGCAUGGUUUAACGGAGGUCUUCGAGAUUACCAAGCAGAAGGAAUUGAGAGGGUAGGAGAUGCUAUGUAAUGUUUCCGAGUAAUGAAAAACUCGGAGGAGUGGGAUGGAUUAUACCAAUGGCGUUUUCGGUUUCGGAUGCAUACGCUCCUGUGUACAGGGGGUAGGUCAAGAAGGCAUACCUACACGACUCAGUAGGAAUUGAGUUAUUCAACAGAAGAUUUAUUCAAAGGUGGAUAUAAAUAGGAUUUGAUGAACUGUGUUUCGAACCAUGG